CUCCGAAAUGGGUGUGGUUGAAUCGUGCUUACGAGAUCUAACGUUAGCAAGCGCAGACGGAGUGAUUUAAUCUGAAACUACGUUAUUUUAUUAUAAUACUGCAAUUUAGAGCUUUGAAUACAAGAACACCUCAUGCGAAUAUGCAUUAGGCCUAUUGCAUGUUUUUUUAAUUUGUGUACCAAUGGGUGGGUUUCCUGCUCCUCCGGCAAGAUAGCCCAGUCGCUUUUAAAAUAUCAUUUACAUUUUUCUCUCAAGAGUUUAAGCCUCUGUGUUUGGCAGUUUAUUUAAUAAUUCAUUUUUUUGACGAGGAGGCGACGGUCAUUACGAAGCGAGGGAGUGAGGGGAGAGAAGGAGGAGGGAGAUAUCCGCGAACUAGCAGAGGAGGAAGGAAGCGAGGAUCACGAAAACCACAAUCAAGAGAAAAACCUAGUCAUAAAAAAAGCUAUUUACUAAUUUCAUAUGGUUCAAUGCAUUUUCUUUGAUGCGUGGACAGAUUGCAGUUGUGUUCAACCCGCUCCAACAAAGAUGUUUUCGAGUUUAUGAAGGUCUCGGGCGUAGAAAGGCAAACCAUUCUGAAGAGGAAACGGGAACACAACAGCAGAACUCAUCUUUUCAAGGGGUCCAGUCAAACGGAGAUAUGGUGUCUCUGUACUUCGAUCUAAUAUUUAUUUGAUGUGUAGCCUACAUUGGAGAUUCACUGAGCAAAAAUCUAGAGAAGACAAGGAGCAGAGAGGAUAUUGAAAAUAUCUGCAUAUUUCUGUCCCUAUAUUGUUUUCUUUUCUAAGGAAAAAGGGGCCAAUAAACAUCCCCAGCCUAUUUGAAACAUUAAAUCCAGACUGUAUUCGAGAAAGACUACCAACCUCAUCGGAAACAUUACCUAACAGGUGACUGACUGAGUGACAGAGGACUUCGACGAGGCCAGGGACCAAUCCAAAAUGAGCGAGCUGGAGCAGCUGCGUCAGGAGGCGGAGCAACUUAGGAACCAGAUAAGAGAUGCCAGGAAAGCAUGUGGGGACUCAACCCUGACACAGAUAACGUCAGGUCUGGAUCCCGUGGGGAGGAUUCAGAUGCGGACGAGGCGCACUCUCCGUGGCCACCUGGCUAAGAUCUAUGCCAUGCACUGGGGCACAGACUCUAGGCUCCUGGUCAGCGCCUCUCAAGAUGGAAAACUGAUCAUCUGGGACAGCUACACCACUAACAAGAUGCAUGCUAUCCCCCUGCGCUCCUCCUGGGUGAUGACCUGUGCUUAUGCCCCGUCUGGUAACUACGUGGCCUGUGGAGGUCUGGACAACAUCUGUUCCAUCUACUGCUUGAAGACCCGCGAGGGUAACGUCAGGGUCAGCAGGGAAUUACCCGGACACACAGGUUACCUGUCCUGUUGCCGUUUCAUCGAUGACAAUCAAAUCAUCACAAGCUCAGGAGACACUACCUGUGCACUGUGGGACAUCGAGACAAGCCAGCAGACCACGGUGUUUUCGGGCCACAGCGGUGACGUUAUGAGCCUGUCCCUGUCUCCAGACUUCCGCACCUUUGUGUCCGGAGCCUGUGACGCCUCCAUUAAGCUGUGGGACAUCAGGGACAGCAUGUGCCGACAGACGUUCACGGGCCAUGAGUCUGACAUCAACGCAGUCUGUUUCUUUCCCAACGGCAGCGCCUUUGCCACCGGCUCCGACGACGCCACCUGCAGGCUGUUUGACCUGCGCGCCGACCAGGAGCUCAGCCUGUACUCUCACGACAACAUCAUCUGUGGCAUCACCUCCGUGGCCUUCUCCCGCUCCGGACGGCUGCUGCUGGCCGGCUACGACGACUUCAACUGCAACAUCUGGGAUGCCAUGAAGGGAGAUCGAGCAGGAGUGUUAGCCGGCCAUGACAAUCGCGUGAGCUGUCUAGGUGUGACUGAUGAUGGCAUGGCGGUGGCCACUGGGUCCUGGGACAGCUUCCUCAAGAUCUGGAACUGACAAGUUACCUGAGCCAUGCACACACACACACACACACACACACACACACACACACACACACACAGAAACACACAUUACACACACACACACACACACACACAUAGACACAUACAUACAGAGACACACACACACACAUACCCACACGCAAACACAAUAUUGAUCAUACAAAGUAUUCACAUCUCACAUUUUGGUACACAUAGUUUGCACACUGUAUUCACACUGUACGUAAAGAUGUACACAUACACACAUACACAUUGAAACAUUGUACAUAAUAUAUAUAUAUAACGCCAAUUAGGUAUGAGUUUACACAGACACACAAAUGCCACUUGCAAUUGUACAUGUUACCAAUCACAUUGUAUGCAGGAAGAGUCCACCAGAAUUACAAACAAAUGCCCACACUACCCACAACAGAUAUAUAUGUACACAGUACACACACAGUUAUGAUACAUUUGUAAUUGGAACUACCAUAAAAGACGUGACCAAAUUCAAUAAAAUCCUGACAUAUGCUAAACUAAAACACGCAUUUGAAAUGUCACAAAUUACCAGAUUUUUCAACACAAAUGUGUUCACACACACACACACACACACACACACACACACACACACACACACACACACACACACACACACACACACACACACACACAUACUUUAAGUGCAUACACACAUACAUGCACACACAAACAUAUAAAAAUAUAUACAUGCACACACAUCUACAGUACAUGUUUAUUUCUGAGCGAAACUCCAACCCUUGAACUAAAUGGGGGAGACAAUUCUGUUUUUCGUUUGUUUACUCAAGUCCCAAAUAUCCUUAAAUCUGAUUUUCUGUGCUACAGUAGGUUUGUGUGUCUCUGUAACAGGGUGAAAAAAGUCACAGUUGAAGGAAUAGAGAGUGAUGGGCUGGAAAAGCAUGAUAAUAAGUGAAUCCAAUAACACUCAAGACACUACAGACAGGGAGAUAGAUAGAUAGAGAGCAGAAAGAAUGCCCACAGUGACACUGUUAAAGGAAAAUCAAGAUAAACCAUCAAUUCUCUCUAGUUUCUUCUGGCUCAAACAAAAUGCUAUCAUGUAGUUACUGUUUUUAUAGAUAUGUACACCCACAUAUAUAAGUAAAUAUAUGAUCGUUUUGAUUUUGAUGUUUUUGUUGUAUUAAUUUUUUACGCCUAUUUUAUUCAUGUUUUCCCUGUGUGCCUCAGAUACACUUUAAGGAUAAUUAAUAGAGAAUAAUGAUGAAAUUAAACUAAAUGAAAUCAAUAAAAUGAGAGAUUCAUAAGGUGAGCGAGAUUAUCAAGAGACAACUCUCAAAUAAGCAGGGGGCAAUAUUCAUACUUUGACUUUGUCAAUAUAUUAUGUCAACUUUAUGAUGGUAUACAUUGUACAUACUAUUAAUAAAUACACGUAGCCUCUCUUGCCA